CAACGACGUCAGCGGCUCAACCGAGCAACCCUUCAAAUACCAGUGUGAAUCCUCUCCAAAAGACCCUUUUCUCUUUCUCCUGUUGAUCUUUACUCUUAACCCCUUGGCAGACUGCAACACCAGACUUUCCCCCGCACCACCUCUCGCUACCCUUGACCACUUACAUGCACCACCGCCACCACUAUUCUUCACCAUGGACAACACCAAGGAACCCCUCUCUGGCGUCACUGGCAACAUUUCCCAAGGUGAACCCUUCGAUGCUGGCAACUUGGAAUCCCACCAGCAAGACCGUAUAAACAAGGCCCUUGACCCUACCGCCUCUUCGGCCCCCAGAAGCCUUGGUCCAUCUGACACCGAUGUGACGACCGCCGACUCUUCAGAAGACGUCUCAGCAAAGUCUGCAGAAGAAGAAAUCCAAAUGAGCGCUGAAGACCUCACUGGUCCUGGACCACGCACAUUGGAAGAAAUUGCCCGUGAAAACGGCGGUGACGCAGGCAAUGUUUCCCACAAUGCGUCCGCCACCAGCAUUGGCGAUAAGAAUGCUAUUGACGACCCAAACUCUCACGAAGAAAAGGGAACUGGUGAAAAGUACAUCAAGAGCACUGGCCUUCAAGCUGAUGGAGGUGACUUUGACGCUACAAGAGCGGGUGCCGGGCGCGAAGCAGACCGCCUCAUGGCGGAAAAGGGAAUGCGCAAUCACGAUGGCGAAAUCGUUCAGAGCAGUAGCAGCGGAGGCACUGCACACGAGGAAAAGACAUCUGUUAUCGACAAGAUCAAGGAGAAGCUGCACAUGCACUAGGCGGCCAUUAUAGUGGUAUAUACACCGCCAUGUUAUUGUUUAGCGAUGAAAGAUACCGUUGCGCUUUUCUUCUUCUUUAAUUUACAGUUUCACUUGACACAGAUUCACCAAGUAGCAAUGAAUGGAUAAUUUGAAACCGCUGCCUAUGUACCCAAAACAUCGGUUAUCCCUCAUUUACAUCGUAUCCUCAUAAAGAAUAAAGCCAGCCAACUAAAAAAGAAAAGGAAGAGAUAGAAACGCAGUUUGAUAAACCCGCCAUUCUUAUGCUUGAAACAAAGUCCAUUCGUACAGCAGCCUGCCAAAAGGGCUACAGAAAUACAAAGCGUACAGUUCCCAAAAAAGGACGAACAGGUAUAGGACAGGUAGACCAGUGCUAGGUCUAGAGGAAGCCAGACUCGGCCAAGACUCUGCUUACUGUUAGCGGAGACGUCAUUUACGCUGAUGAGAUAGGGUAGAAAAAGGGCUUACCGAACAAUCUUUUCAUCCUCACGCUCACGCGGCUCCACCGAAAGGCUCUUGUCGUACAUCUCGUGGACGUCGCCGGCAUGCUGCAUGUUGCUGAGAAUGUAAUCCUGCAGCUCAGGCACUGGAUGUAGCGAGUAACCUACAUUUUGGUACUGCUGUACAUCACGAAUGACCUCAGCCGUCUUGGCGCGCUUGGCAAAGUUGAUCAGGUUGGUUUUCUUGAUAAUAGACGGGAUACCGUCCUCGAUAAAGGUCAAAUCCGUCAAGUAGACACCAAAGAAGGGAAUACAAGGGGGAUUUGCCAUGUGAAGUGCCUCGCGGUAUUCGCCAAAGUUCUUUGUGCUAGCCAUCAGUUUACGCAUCGUCUCCAGCGUAGCCUGCGUGCGAGCUGGUACCUGAUCCCAUGUGCGCUUGAGGCGCGCGAUCGGAGCCGUACCAAGUGCAGAGAUGAUGGAUGUCAGCGUAGAAAAGUUGUUGAGGCCGCGGCACUUGUCAGCAACAGCCACAAAGUGUUUGAUCACAACAACUCGCUUCUUCAAAUCCGUCUGCGCAAGAAUCAUCUCCGCCACCCAGUUGGUCAUCUGGUUAGAGUGCAGAAUAAGCGCCUUGACGUGCGGUGAAGGAUCAGGUUCGCCUUCGGCUGCCUUCUUGCCCCAUGUCUUAUUCAGACAUUCAGUAGCCUUGAUCUUGCCGUAGAGGCGGGAUUCGAUAAUUGUCAGUUGGCGGGCGAAUUCUGUCACAUCAAUGUCCAAAAACUUGAGCUUCUUCAUGUUCUUUGGCAUGAUCGGCGCAGGCGUGCUCUGGUUCAGUGUCUGGAUCAUUCUACGUGCACCCGCCUCCUUUCCGUUGAGUCGCUGGUCUAGAAUGGACAUGAGCGGGCCAGAUCCAGGUGUUUCCGUCGACUUGACUGUGUCUCUAGCAAAGUCGUAAACGUCGCGUAUCAGUUGCUUCGACUCCUCGUUGUGCUCUUCCAUCCAGAAGCUGUCAAACCAACUCUUGAUGAUAUUUACAACACGGAAGCGAAUGGGCUUCUGUUUGCGAUCGCGCCAGACCUCAAAAUCGGUUGGCGAUAGGCCUUCAGGUGGCUGGAUGGCGAAUCUUUUAACUAGCAGCUCAAAGAGUUCUCGCGCAGAGGUGAAGGAUCGGUAGGUAAGAAGGAAGGUGUUGUUGAAACUGGAGUCGAGCUUAUCGUGACGGGUUAGCUGCUCGACCAAGGCGAGUAGAGUACCACCCUUUACGGUGGGAGUGACGGCCUUCGUGUCCCAUGAUACAUCAUUCUCGUAAUCAAGGCGUAGGAAAUCAGGUGUAUCAUCCGCAGCCUGCAGGCCGGAAACAGGCGAAGGAUCCUCACCAAAGAUCUUCUUGACUUUGGAGUAGUCACCCUUGCGCAACGAACCAGGUGGGAGAUCGCCAUCGUUAAAAGAUUGCGAGGUCAUAAGCGGAGGCCGGAUAGGCAUAACCUUGGAUUCGGAGCGUUGAUGAGGUCGUUCGUAAGGCAUCGUAUCUCCCCUCUGAAUCUGCGAUCUUUGGUUUCGUUGUUGAGCCGGCUCAAUCUUUACAUGUUCUGACAGGAGCUGUAAUGAGAACCCAAUAUGUGAUGAGUUCGUCUCGAGUGCCCUGGCGCACUGACGCACAUAUUCUAACCUAUUCUCCAGAGGCUCUCCGCGAACUUCAGCCCACUCGUCCCCAAGAGGACCAGCAACAGCCUGGCAGCCAAUAACCAGAUCCGACAUAUUGUCAUAUAAGCUUUGCUUGUUGACACAGAAUUCGGCCAAUCCCGGUGUUUGGAAGUUGCUGCUAAGAGAUCCAAGGUUUAUUGAUUCAAUCAUGGAAAUCCAGGGCUUAAAAGCCUCUAGAACCUUUCCACCAGCCUGGCAAACGUUGUUGCCAAUGAUUUCGUGACGUAGAGGUGUCACAAUCUUUUCAGGAACAAGCAAGCUCUUGUCCAGCUCUCUAAUACUCGACACUAGCAUGCGCUUUUGUUCAUCAAGCCUCUCCAGAAGCUGACCGUCGAGAUUUGUUGUCGGGUCCAAGGAUGGGUCUUCGUCGUCUAAAAAGUUCGCCGCAAUGGGAUCUCGGGGGCCGAGGUUGUUAUUCAGCCAGCUGCCUCCCAAGCUGCUUCCAAUGAGGAAACCGGGAAACAGGCGAGGAAUGUCUUGUCCCCUUUGCUGACGGGCGACUUCGACGUAGCUGUAAACACCCUGGAUGACACCGUCGGCUUCAAUUAAACAUUUCUGUACCGAUUCAGCAUUUGGCCAAUCGGCUGCGGCAAUGUGCGACGAAAUCACAAGUUUGGAAAACUUGGACAUCAUAUCUCUAAAGUGAGGGUAGAGAGCCUUAUUUGUCGAGAUUAUAGAGGGCUGGCCAGAGUGGUUAUCAGUAGUUCCAGAGCCUGCAGCUAGGAGAAGUCGAAGAUGAUCGGAAAUGUCCUCUGCUCGAGCCACGUACUCUGACCGCUUGCCUUCCUCCACAACUGCCUUGUAUUGCUCAAUUUUCGUCUUCAUAUUUUCUACCAGCAGCGGCCAGUUGAGUGCAGGCGUUGAGCCGUCGUCAAAAAAGGAUCGGGGAAUCGUCGUCGUCGUAGGAACAUUGUAUGUAGUGCUAGUAAAUGAUGUAGCAGAUGCCAUAUUUGGAGGGUGGUUAAUCGUAGCGGCGCUACCGAAUCUACUGCUAUUCUUUCGGCGCUGUUCUGGUGAGCCGUUCAUCGAAUCCAUAGAUGUAGAAGGAGAAAGUACAGUUCCAACUGAAGACCGGUGACGGCCCUGUGGCAGGGUUAGCAAUGACUGGUGGGGUUGUGAGGCUUUUGUGACAGUUUCACAUACCACGGAGCGUCCGUGUACGUCGCCCUCAACGUCCGACGCAGAUAAAGUUCCAUCAUCAUCCUCGUCCUGAUUCAGGCCUCUGGCCAUCAUUUCAGGAGGAGGUCGCAUUCUUUCAGGUACAUCAGCAUUCAUUCUGUCCCUUGGACCAGAUUCUGCUGUUGAGCUAGGCGAUUCGAGUGGGAGCUCCAUACUACGAUCGCCAGUCAUCAUGUUAUAGUAAAACAAGCGACCGUCUGGUGUCGCUUGCGGGAUCCAGAAGUCUGCUCUUGAUUUAUCGUCGGUGCUCGCCAUUUGGUGCUGGAGCAUGCCGGCACCAUUGCUGUCCAUAGGAGAGUAGUCUUCCCUGUCAAGGUUAUCUUCGUAGGGUUCAACAUCAUCCCCUUCAAAAUCCAAGUGGCUUGUACCCAUAUUUGCUGCCAAAUCUGUCAUAUCCUCAGGACCUGUGAUAAUCUGGCAAUAGUUGCUCGGGAACCAGCCUCGGACACCGUUGAUAACGCCAUCCCACCAACCACUUUCCAGUUGCGUAAUAACCUGAAUAACGUCACCCUCGUGGAAGCUCAAGCUUGUUCUAUCGUCGGCCUCGUAGUCGUAGAGAGCACGUACAUACAUCGUGCCCACAGGGGCACCACCGACGCCGUCCAUGAUGGAUGGUGCGAUGGACUAUCAACUAUAGCCGCCGCGAAGUCGGACCAAGUUGUCGGGCCGGACGGCGUGCCGAAGUCUCUGUUAUUCGCAGGUGGAGGCUUGUAUAAUAAAUAUAUCUUGAUAUGAGAUGAAAUAGAUCACUGGCGCUCGACGGCAAGAUUCAAAUCGGGAAUUCGGGAUGCCGCGAUCUCGGUCAUGGCAUUGUGCCGGGUUCUGAAGCGCAGGUGAACCGGUCGGGCAGGCUGCUAGGGCUUGUCUGGCGGCCAAAAAUAUCAAUCCAGAUCAGUGCACAACAAGCAGGACGAUAUUAUCUUGGUUGAAAAAGGCU